AUGGUCUGCCGCACGGAGGCGGUUACAGACAAAGUGGUCCUGGUGGCCGCGGUGAAUUUGUAUCUGGAGAUCAGGGUGCCUUUGCUCACGCAGGUAGCCAAGGCGGCUUUGGUUCAGGUGGCCAAGGCGGAUUUGAAAGAGGAGAUCAGGGGUUCCUCUGCUCACGCAGGUAGCGAAGGCGGCUUUGGUUUCGGAGGUAGCCAAGGUGACUCUGGUUCUGGUGGCCAAGGCGGAUUUAAGCCUGGAGAUCAGGGUGCCUUUGCUCACGCAGGUAGCCAAGACGGCUUUGGCUCAGGUGGCCAAGGCGGAUUUGAACCAGAAGAUCAGGGUGCCUUUGCUCACGCAGGUAGCCAAGACGGAUUUGGUUCCGGUGGCCAAGGCGAAUUUAAACCGGGAGAUCAGGGUUCCUUUGCUCACGCAGGUAGCGAAGGCAGCUUUGGUUCCGAAGGUAGCCAAGGUGACUCGGGUUCAGGUGGUCAAGGCGGAUUUAAACCAGGAGAUCAAGGUGCCUUUGCUCACGCAGGUAAUGAAGGCGGAUUUGAAUCCGGAAGUAGCCAAGGCGACUCUGGGUCAGGUGGUCAAGGUGGAUUUGGACCAGGAAAUCGGGGUGGUUUUGGUUCAGGAAAACAAGGAGUUUUUGGUCCAGGAAAUUAG